AUGUUGCAGGUGUCCAUGGGCGACGGUAAUCACUUACCAUCAGGCGUUCGAGAAUGUUUUGAUGCAGUGUGCUUUUCAAGGUCAAUAGCCUGCGAUUUACAUCUACACAUCCUUGGUCUGUUUAUUGUGGUGCUAUCACCGAAUGAGACUUUCAGAAAGCGAAUCAUCCAGGUAUUAUUCGUGAUUGGUGUGAUCGUGCCAGCUUGGGAGAUUUACUUCAGGGACUUAGAUGGCAACUUCCUCGUAGUGGGAGACGCAUUACGGUCGUACAUGGUGCACGUACCGACGUUCACGUAUAUGUACGUGCGUACGCACACAAACAUGCCAACGUUCUUAAUAGGCAUGUACUUAGGAUAUACCAUAGAAGAAUACGAAAAGAUAAAAAUACAUCCUAAAGUUAAAAAGAUUCAAGAAUACCUAGGAGUUGUGGCGCUGUCCAUUAUGUUGGGUUUUAUAUUAUACUUAGUGAUUGAGGCACCGUUUUCACAAACAUUCAAGUUGAUUUUCUUCGGCCGCAAACCCAAAGCAUCAUUAAAAACAAAUGAUAAUACGAACGGAGUGUACUCCAACGGAAAAUCAGUUCACGUUAACGGAAAGUUCAGAGAAGAGCUCACUUACACAAAACCCAUUAAAACAGAAUAA